AUGGCUUCCAACGUUUCCAUUCACUUGCAGCAAUUGUCCAACAAGAUUGCCGUUCCAACCAACGAUAAUGGAGUUUCCGAUCAGCCAACGAUAAUGGAGUUUCAGGAAGCUGACCCUUCAGAGAAAAAGCCACCACAAUCAGAUAACAAAAGACCUAGGAUUGUUAUAAAGAUUCGUAUCAAGACUAGUAAUAUGGCCACGGAUGAUCCUGCUACUCACUCCCAUGCAAACGCAACGACGAAUCAUCGAUCGGACAAAGGAAGUGAUCAACCCUCCACGACUUCCAAAGCAUCUUCUUCUUUGAAUGUGUUGAUGAUCGAAAGUAAACCGACUCAGACAACGACUACCGAUCAGCCUGAGAAUCUUGUCAGAGAUCAGUCGAGGAAAAUAGUGGGAGCUCCGGCAAAGAAGAAGGAAAGGAAGCCACCUUUCUCUGUUACGCUGUCCAGAAAAGAGAUUGAAGAGGACCUUUUUGGUAUCUCAAACUUGAGAAACAAGAAGCUGAAGAGAAACGCUAAGAAAAGAUCCAGGGAUGUUCAGCGACAACUUGAUCGUUUGUUUCCAGGUUUGAUGUAA